GAGCGAGAGAGAGAGGAGGAGCGAGAGAGAGAGGAGGAGCGAGAGAGAGAGGAGGAGCGAGAGAGAGAGGAGGAGCGAGAGAGAGAGAGAGAGGAGGAAGAGAGAGAGGAGGAGCGAGAGAGAGAGAGAGAGGAGGAGCGAGAGAGAGAGAGAGAGGAGGAGCGAGAGAGAGAGAGAGAGGAGGAGCGAGAGAGAGAGAGAGAGGAGAGCGAGAGAGAGAGAGAGAGAGAGAGAGAGAGAGAGGAGGAGCGAGAGAGAGAGAGAGAGAGAGAGAAGGAGCGAGAGAGAGAGAGAGAGAGAGAGAGGAGGAAGGAGGAGGAGCGAGAGAGAGAGAGAGAGAGGAGGAGGAGCGAGAGAGAGAGAGAGGAGAGAGAGAGAGAGCGAGAGAGAGAGAGAGAGAGGAGGAGGAAGAGAGAGAGAGAGAGAAGGAGCGAGAGAGAGAGAGAGAGAGAGAGAAGGAGCGAGAGAGAGAGAGAGAGAGAGAGAGAGAGGAGGAGGAGCGAGAGAGAGGAGGAGGAGCGAGAGAGAGAGAGAGAGAGAGAGAGAGAGAGAGAGAGAGAGAGAGAGGAGGAGCGAGAGAGAGAGAGAGAGAGGAGCGAGAGAGAGAGAGAGAAGGAGCGAGAGAGACAGAGAGAGAGAGAGAAGGAGCGAGAGAGAGAGAGAGAGAGAGAGAAGAGCGAGAGAGAGAGAGAGAGAGAGAGAGAGAGGAGGAGCGAGAGAGAGAGAGGAGCGAGAGAGAGAGAGAGAGAGAGAGAGCGAGAGAGAGAGAGAGAGGAGGAGGAGCGAGAGAGAGAGAGAGAGAGAAGGAGCGAGAGAGAGAGAGAAGGAGCGAGAGAGAGAGAGAGAAGGAGCGAGAGAGAGAGAGAGAGAAGGAGCGAGAGAGAGAGAGAGAGAAGGAGCGAGAGAGAGAGAGAGAAGGAGCGAGAGAGAGAGAAGGAGCGAGAGAGAGAGAGAGAGAAGGAGCGAGAGAAGGAGCGAGAGAGAGAGAGAGAGAGAGAGAGGAGGAGGAGCGAGAGAGAGGAGGAGGAGCGAGAGAGAGAGAGAGAGAGGAGGAGGAGCGAGAGAGAGAGAGAGAGAGGAGGAGGAGCGAGAGAGAGAGAGAGAGAGAAGGAGCGAGAGAGAGAGAGAAGGAGCGAGAGAGAGAGAGAGAAGGAGCGAGAGAGAGAGAGAGAGAAGGAGCGAGAGAGAGAGAGAGAGAAGGAGCGAGAGAGAGAGAGAGAGGAGAGCGGGAAGAGAGAGGAGGAGCGGGAAAGAGAGGAGGAGCGGGAAAGAGAGGAGGAGCGGGAAAGAGAGGAGGAGCGGGAAAGAGAGGAGGAGCGGGAAAGAGAGGAGGAGCGGGAAAGAGAGGAGGAGCGGGAAAGAGAGGAGGAGCGGGAAAGAGAGGAGGAGCGGGAAAGAGAGGAGGAGCGGGAGAGAGAGAGCAAGAGGUGA